CUCGUCUCCUGUCUCCAUCCUCUUGGUCCCGUUUGCUAACUUAUUAGCUACCCUGACUGAAUGGAAUCCACUCCUCAAGCCUCGGUCGCACCAGGUGUUUGGGCCGCUUCCCGUUUCCUUUCAACUGGCCCUGUCCUUUACUUUACCUUACUUUACUGCAUUGUUCUUCUAGGCCUGGCUCCUUUUCUUCUGGUGUUUCUACAGAGAGCGGGGAUUCCAUUCAAGCUUCUCGCCCUUCUCCAUUUCCACAACUAAGGUAGCUUCUAUUUCCUGAACCUCCUACCUACUCUAGCUCCUGAUCUCUCCUGACCUCGCUGGUACUACAUAGCACUUCUUCCUGAUGCCGCUCUAAGCGUCCCUAAGCGUCCCUCUUAGAGAGACCGAUCAGCAGCUAGUGUCGAUCGUCUUUUGCUCCCGUCUUCCCCUCAUUGUGCUGCACGCUCCACGAUACCACCAAGAACCUCCUUGUCGAAUUUGUCUCGUGUGUUUUUUCAUCCGCGAUUACCACCGGCGCACAUAUUCGAUCCAUAUUACCAUUGGACUUUCGCUCCGCAUCGGCAUUCAUGAUCGACUACCAAGUCAUACAUCAAACCGACUUUCCGGGCUUUUCAACUUUUUUGGACAGUCGACAGUGUAUAGGUCGUUCGCCACAAGGGAAGUCUCAGUGUUUCUCAGCUCCAAGUCGGCGAAGCGCAAUUACUCGCAGCGUCGGGUUGAGUCGCCUUUUCCUUCAUGAUUCCAGCUAAGAGCCGCUUCUGUUCUUUUGCCUGAUACUCAGUCCUUGUCAUACAUAACUGUGACUAUUUUAUGGUGCCUGCUGUAAUGGCAGCUCAGUCACCAAGCCAUGGCAGCAUGCCUAACUCAUCACCUUCAAGUCUUCACCAUUUUCAGUUUACUUUCAACUGCUCCGCUUCAAAUUCUGGCGGGAACAGUUUCAUUGAACCCGAUCCUGAUGCUCGAGGCAUAGACUCCGAAUCUCUCACAGACAGUGUACAGAAUUUCCCAGAAGAAUUUGGGCGCACGUAUCAUGCCUACCGGGCUGGCUCAUAUGCGUUUCCCAACGACCAACUAGAACGUGAGCGUCUUGAUUUACAGAAUGAAGCAUUAGUGAAACUCUUCGGCGAGCGUCUUUACUUUGCACCACUGUCAAGAAGGGCACCGCCUGUAAAUAUCCUCGAUAUUGCUACUGGUACUGGCGACUGGGCAAUCAAAAUGGGCGACUUGUUUCCAGAAACAGAAGUCGUCGCAACCGACCUUUCACCAAUACAGCCUCGAAAAGUACCCCCGAACGUGAACUUUUACGUCGAAGAUUCCUCUGAGCCUUGGGAUUAUUCUCAGCCUUUCGAUUAUAUUCACACCCGAGUCACAUCUGGCUGCUGGGCUAGCUUCAAGGAGCAAAUUGCGGACCAAGCCUUUCAAACACUGAAGCCAGGAGGCUGGUUUGAGUCGCAGGAAUACGAUGCCAUUAUAAUGUCUGAUGACGGAAGCCUUCCACCGAACGGACCUCUUGCAACAUGGUUCCGCGAAAUCAAUGAAGCUUCAGAAUUGAUGGGCCGGCCUACCAAUGUUGCUGCCCAUGUUCGUGAGGCAUAUGUGCUGGCGGGCUUUGUUGACGUUCAAGAGCGAAUCUUCAAAAUGCCCAUGAAUGGCUGGCCAAAGGAUGAACGCCUAAAGGAGCUUGGGCGCAUGUGGGAAAGGAAUUUCUUGAUGGGCCUCAGCGGCUUCUCUUUCACACUUUUCAACCGCGUCUACGAGAGAACUCCUGCACAGAUUGAGGUGGCAUUAGUUGAUGUCCGACGAGAGCUGAUCGAUACGCGGAUUCACGCUUAUAUACCAAUACAUGUAAUUAUUGGCAGGAAGCCAUUCCCAGGCGAACGGCCUAUCCCAUGAGUGCCAUUUACAUGAAGGGAAAAUACCGGGGACUGGAACGAACUACCACCACUCAUUGAGUUUUAAUGGUUGAGAAAGGGAGCCUGGCAUACGGUUCAGAAGGACUAAUUCCAACACCGAUAAAGCACCAUUACACAAACGAUGCAUAUCGACAACGGGGACGACUUUGGCUUUUCAUAUCCACGAUACCCAAUGAUGUCGAUACGAUGCAUAUGACUAGAAUAAUGUAUUGAUAUGGGCUUAGGUACGAUAAAUACCGACCUGCACUUUUGAUAGCCGCCUGUUCCAAAGCUCUGGGGUCUGUGAUCAAUGGCAAGGAGAUUGUCAGACGACAUAACUCUCUUCCAAAAAUACUACAGAAGCAACCCGUUUCUUAUACAAAUGUCUUCUCUUUGCACAAAUGUCAGUCUGAAUCUCUGUCCUUGAACAUUUACU